UGUAGGAAAUCAGAUGAAACAAAAGUCAGUAUAUUUCGGUGUGGCUCACGGUUAAACAUAGUAUCGCCCACGCCGCUCCGCCAUACCUCUCAGCCAGAAUAUUCAGUUCCAUCUUCCUUCUCGACGCAAAUACACGCUCCAGGUAAACAAUGAGUCGUCUUGGAAGAACAAGACGCACACGCGUCUAUGACUGCAACUACAACAAGGGUGAGAGUUACUACCGCCCGGUACUGGACCGUUUGGAUGGCAAGGUCCCAGUGGCCCGUGAGCCCGAGAAGGAGACCAUCAGGUCUGAAGUGCAGAACCGCAUCAGGAGCGCUCUAGAGGACAUCGAGACACCCGCAGCUGCUGAUGAUUUCUUCGACUCGAGGGGAGCACGUGCGCAACGCGGCAGACCUCUCUCUUCUGCUUUUGAAGAUGACGAACUCAAUGAGGAUAUUUCGGAGUCACUGAAACGCCUCCGCGCCAGCAAGAAGGUAUCUCGUUUCUCUGACGACAUCGACUUCGAAAACAGCGUCGCGAGCAUCGAGAACCGCAUGAAGAUUUCCGACAAGAUACUCGAGAGCGUGGGUCUCGGACAUUCAGAGGUAUCCGGUGCUCGAAGGGCCUUGCAGGAAAACGAAGAUCGCACAGAGAAACGUAUCGCGAGACGAUUGAACGAACGAUUGAACGAGGACAACUCGCUCACUAAAUGGACAGCUGUCAAGGAUAUCGAUGACGAAUCAGCUGCAGUACAAAGAGCGAGGGCGACGAGGGCCCGCUUGUCUGACUUGGAAGAUGAAAUGUCAGAACUGAGCGAAAGGACCGCAGCUAGGGAGAAGAGAGCCGCCCGCCUCAGGGCCCUCGUAGCUGACGCCGAGUCCAGCGACACAACCACCAGCGUCACCUCCUCCAAGGUCACCAUCCGUUCUGAACGAGAGAAGAAGCAAGUCACCUUUUAAACAAAUUAGUAAACAUAACUUACGACCGAACUCUAUACCUACUGUAAACUCGUAGAGCUCAGUUAGGUUACACGAUGUUUUGCAUUUGUCAAUGUUAAAUGUUGAAGUUGGUGUCUAUUUUAUACUUCUAUAUAGAAUAAAAUUAUAAUUACUUCA